GCUCGUAUUUUCUCUCUCCUUGCUGCUCUCUGGUCUCUCUCCUCCUUGCUCUUCUCGCUGUUCUCUCUCUACUCUCCCUGUUUUCUCUCUCUACUCAGGUUUGUUCUCCCUUUUACAGGCCGCCGGCUUCUGAGAGAUCACAUUAUUGUAUGCUCUAGUGGUUCUUAGACUGUCUAAUCGCUCGAUCAACCUUGUGACAUCUCCUGACCAGCUUUUCUUCAUUGUCAGGGAUUUCAGAGGCAGGCCUAUGCUCAUGAGUUGAGGAAAUUGACGUUGUGGGCAAUAAUUUAAACUAGUCACACAGAUGGAGCAUGGGCGAGGCAUACAGGGAAAGGCCAGUGAACAAUCCGACGAAGGGAAGUACGUCUUGCUAAGGGAUGAAGAAAACCUCCAUUCUUGCAUUUUUGAUAAGCCUCUUCCAUGCUGCGGCUGUGGGAUCGGCUGGUUCUGUUUUCUGCUAGGGUUUGCCAUUCCUUUACUGUGGUACUAUGCCACAACCCUCUACUUUGGCAACUACUACCGUAAGGACCCUAGGGAACGAGCUGGGCUUGCUGCUUGUGCCAUUGCGGCUUUGAUAUGCACAGUGGCAAUCUUAAUCACGGUAGCUUGCAUAUUUCUAUAGUUGAGAGUUUCAGUUCUAGUGUUGAGAGCCUCCGAAUUUGGAAAUCUUCAGGAAUGGAAGCGGGGAAAGGCCCCACCUAUAUUAUCAUUGUCUCAAAGGAAAAUUACAGAGAGGAGAGGAAGUAAGAAGGGCUCGUCAAAACCAUUCCAUUCAUUGUACAAAAAACACAAAACAGGAGGUUUAAAUUAUAUCAAUGCAUUUCCUCAUAGUUCCACAA